AUGGAGCAGCAGGCUGUCAAUAUAAACUCCAAGCACGUUGCACCAGGGCUAUCCGCUGAUAUGCAAGAGAUAGGCAAAGAUCAACCCCUUGCGAACCCACGCCCUAGUGAUCGGUGCAGUGCGACCCUAGUGAUCGCGGCGAAAGUAGAGGGAAGUUGCGCGAUAAGCGUUGAUACCGGACUUUGUGAAAUAACUAUAAAUCGAGGUUACAAAAAGGACUUGAACAUUUGGGGGCAUCAGUUCGCAUUUCUUUCCAUUUUAGGGUUAGCGUUCUCAGAUUUGGUCUUCUCGAGGAUGGGUAAGUUGAUGUCACGCAUUUUUUACGCAACAGCGGUUUCUUCAAUUGAAAUUUUUACUUCCACGAAAGCCAAACUCGUCAUACACGAUAAAGAGCCAAGGCUCUAUCAUGCAGAAUGUCGACAAGACAGCACGAAAUGGAAUGGAAAGGAAAGGAAAGGAAGAUCGUGUCUAAGACUUUUGGUGCCACUUUCUGGCGAAUUGUAUUCCCGUGAUGGUGCAAGGCUAAGAUAUCCGUGCCAUCUUGGCUUCGUCUCCGAUGUUCUUGAAAUCAUGUCUGAGGACGUGACUAUACAGUCGGAAGUGGUGUGGAAAGCGCGAUUCGCCGAAACAAAGAUGGCUUUGCUUAUCGACUUAUAUGCUAUGGUACGAUGUCGUUGGAGAGCAUCGAGUAGCUCGUGUUCGUUGUUACAAACCGAAACGAGGGAUCAAAUUAUGCUGAGACCUUCGAGGAACUGGGGGCCCAUCAACUUUGCAUGUUUCUGGUUCCGCAAUUACACAAAUACGAGAACUGAAGAAAUCAUGAACACGCUUUCGCGACUGAUAUCGUCGCAGUUCAUGUUUUGGUAUAGAACGGCCUUUGCAGCAUGGGAAAUUGCUGACGAAUUUGCUAUUUCUGGAGUCCAGAGCAUAGCUCUUUCUUCAGUGACGAAGUUAAUUUGCUUUCAUAUCCUGAAAGACCAGGUGAGAUGUCUCGUUCUAAAAAAAAAUGGUCUGUUCCUUGACCUCGCUGCGAUGAGCAUCGUCGCUUCCGGAAUUUUAAGAGAGUAUCCAAAGUUUGGUGUGUCUCUAGAAAAUGGAAUUUCACCGGAAGAGGCCCACCUCGCUACAAUAAUCACCAUUCCUUCUUCAUUCUCCAUAGUUUUCAAUGCGCCCUCCAUUGUCGGCGUUAUGGGCCCCACCGCUGGCAUGACAAGCUCCCUUGUUAAUACCAAGGAGAGUAUCCCAUCCAAACUGGCUCCAACUGUGAACCAAGAGGGACAGAGAUUGGACGAGACCCUAUCUAAAAUUUACGGAGUUAGGAGCCGAUUAGUAAGGAGCGCAACAAUCAGCUGGCAAGAUUAUGACCCUCCUAAAGACGAAAGGGCUACAUGGAAACUAGAUGCACGAGUUUCUAGGUAUUGCAAGCCCAGAGUUCAUGAUGGCCGUAUCCAGGUAUUCGAUACACAAAGGUUGAGCGCCUUCUUGGGCGAUAUUGAUCACGUCCAUCGGAAAGCCAGCAAGCGCUCAAAUUUGAUUCUUGGUAGCUAUAUCCUUCGUGAGGCUCUCCAUGGGCUGCUAAAUGCUACAAGAGGGCCCCUCGGAUCCAAUCUCCUUCCUUAUUUUGAAGGAGAACCACUACCGACUAUGUCUGGCUUAAGACAAGUCAGUAUUGCCUACCCACGCGAUCAUGACCUUUGCGGACGGACUCAAUUGGAACAAGUCCAGCAUCGUAUCAAAAUUCUCGACAUCUAUGGACAUGCGGCAUACACCUUAGCUGCCCUAUCACUCGUACUCAUGUACACUGUUCUACGGCUCUCCUUAGAUCGAGGGGCUUGGCUUUUGUAG